GCUCCGCACGCCCAGGCCUGCGCCGCGGCCGAGCGCGCCAUGGUGGUGCCGCGGCGGGCGGCACCUGCACGCUGCUGCUGCCUCUUCGUCGCUGCUCUCUGCAGCUGCCGCGCACUGCUCCAGUGGCUGCCCUGCGCUCGUCUCGCCUGUGCUGCUGGGCGCCGUGCGUGCCUUGUGCUGCUGCAAGCCCACGAGUCUUGGUUGUUCUCGCAGAUCUCAUCUGUUGUUGGCCGCAGCGGCCGUCGCUGCCUGCGCUCUGGCACGGAGGACAAGUACGAGUGUCACUGUCGUCUCGUUGCAGCGCCCACGUCCAGCACCGGCCGCCACGUCAAGGACGCUCCCUUGCCCCUGGUGCCGCUGUCUCGUCUGCCGUGCUGCUGUGCUGCAUCUAGACGUGCGCACUCGCCCAGCACGGAUGACCCUGCGCUGAAACCACGCAGCAGCGGCAACCAGCAGAGCGGCGGGCAGUCUGCCCUUCCAACAGCCGGGCGUCGCGCAAGCGUUCCUUCGCCUUCACUAGCAGCGAACAGAAGCAGCAGCGGCCAGCAGCAGCGAGCGAGGUGCUAGUAUCGUGAGUUCAUCAGGUUGCGCUCAACUACAAGACGGUUGUGCGUGUGUGUGUGUGUGUGCGUGUAUGUCCCGUCUGCUGCGCAGCUCCCGGCCCGGAGUAGACAGGUAUCGAGGCCGGAGCGUGCGCAGUACAUGUCGCGGC